AUGGCUUCUGACACCGAUAACGCAAUCACGCACAUGUGUGCGAACCUAACACUCGCAGAUGUCGACGACGAAGAUCGCUCUAUGCAAUUGCCGAACGUCCAUGUCAACACAGAGAACGAUGAAACAAGUUAUUAUGCAGUUUGCAGGAUUGUCACUAAUAAGCCGGUCAAAUUUCUUUUCUUCCAAUAUAAUAUAGCGUCUGUUUGGCAGCCAGUAAUGGGGGUAACGAUGAAACAGCUACAGCCACAACUGUUCCUCCUUCGUUUCUAUCAUGAAACUGAUUUGAACAGGAUAGUAGGGGAUGGCCCAUGGACGUAUGAGCAACACUUGAUAGUCUUGCAGAAGAUAGAAGCGGGUGAUGAUCCAAAAACAGUCCCACUCAACCAUGCCGAGCUCUGGAUACAGAUACAUUCCUUGCCGGCCGGUCUCAGGUCUAAUGCGGUCGUCUCAGCUAUUGGUUCUUUUCUGGGCAAGCUUGUUCACACUGAUGGCAAGAAUUUUGGAGGGUCAUUGCGAACAUACUAUCGUGUUCGGGUAUUGCUUGAUGUCACCAAACCCCUCAAGAAACAGAUGAAAUUGAAGAAGGAUAAUGACACAUGGGUUGUUAUUGAUUUUAGGUAUGAAAGGUUGUCAACGUACUGUUUUAUUUGUGAAGUAAUAGGCCAUGGCGACAGGGUUUGUCCAAAUAUUGCGCUUGGGUUUUAUCUAAAGUCAGAGAAGCCAUAUGGAUCAUGGGUGCGGGCAGGCUCACGCAGAAACGCUCCUUCAGUUGGCCAAAAGUGGGUUGCACCAGAACUAGAUGUUGAGCAUAAAGAAUGGAAGGCGUCGGGCAUGUCACUAACUGAUGCUACGUUGGGUAGUGAAGAGCAACCUGUGUAUGUGGCAGCUGAUUUGAAACGGAAAAGGGUGGAUUCGGGCACUAAGAACCUGUAG